AUGGCAAACAAUAAGUACAGAAAGAUUACCAGCACUGAACACUCGGGAAGCGUGAGCUUUUUCUCAUCUCUAUUUUUCCAAUGGAUCAACAUUCUUAUAAAGACAGGGAGUGAAAGAGCUGUUGAUAAAAAUGAUCUUUUACCUCUUAAAGAAGAAAACACUACUUGUUUUUUGACAGAGGAGCUUCAGGCAAAAUGGACCGAAGAAACAGAUAAUAGCAGAAUUCAGGAUGUUAAACCAAAACUUUGGAAAAGUGUAUUUAAGAUGCUAACGGCGAAGGACUCAGUAAUCCUCAUUACAGCUGGAAUUAUAAACACAAUUUGCCGCAUCUUCCAACCACUGCUUCUUGGGUACCUUAUAAAAUCUCUGAUGAUUACAAGGCUACAACACAAUUAUUUUCUCUAUGGAUGUGCUUCCGCAUUGGGGAUAAAUGAAUUGAUCUGUUCUCUUAGCAUGCACCAAUUUGAAUACCGAUGUGGGGUGUUUGGAAUCAGAAUCAGCAGCGCCCUUAAAGGAUUAGUCUAUAUGAAGGUAAAUUACUAAAAGAAUUAAGAUAAAAUCCAUUAGGAAAUUGAGUAAUUUUAAUUUUCAGUGGACAAAAACCUUGUAUCAGAAUAAUUACAAGCUUAUUGCAUUUUUUUUCACAUUUUUCAAGGGCUAUGAAUGUAAUAAAUUGUAUGAAAUAACUGCGAAGAAAAGGUUCUUGUUGGAGCCCGAGAAGACAAACUUCAAAAGCCUCAAAUUUCACAAGAUGAAAUCUUUUGCAUGACGAAUUUACCUUUGUUUUCUCAAUUCCUGUGAAAAUUGAAGUUCAUUUUCUCGGGCUCCCGUAAGAAAUUGUCUUUGGUGUUAUUACAGAUAACUAAUUACAUCUAUGGCCCUUGAAAAGUGUAAAAAUGAAUGCCAUAUGGUUCAAAAUUCUGGUAUGAGGUUUUUGUCCACUGAAAAUUACAGAUUUAAAGAUGGAUUCCGUCUUAAUUCAAGAUGUCAAGUAGGCCAAACUUAAAGGUAAAUCAAGGGUUAGCUUAAAAACACUACGCUAUUAGCGAUGUCUGAGAAAGUGAAACAAAACGAAUGAUUUUUAAUAGCUGAAUCAAUAUAAUCAAUUUGCCAACGCUAGUUCUCAAGCUAGCCUCUCCUUAAAGUUAAUAAACUUAACAAAAAAAAACAAGAGAACAAGAGUAUAGUUUUUAUAGUUACUAUGACAACGACAGAAAAACAACAAUAAAAGACAGCUACUAACCUUUUGUAUGGGUUUUCAUGAAGAGGUCCUGGGGAAAGAAAAGAAAAAUCGAUUCUUUUAUGGUGGCUCCAUAAGGUUUUUUAGGGGCAAUACUUAUCAAGUUUAAGUAUUAAAUAAGUCGCCAUUUGACAAAGAUUUGGGAAAAUGACUGCAACAGCUGUAUUAGAUAAAGAUGAAAAUUUGUUGUGAUUAGUGUUACAAUGACAUCGGAGUGUCUAUAGCAAAGAAAUGACGUCAUUACCCAUGUUACUUGCAGCCGUAUUUCUUGGCACUGAGAGGCGUUUUCUCCAAAAUCGUUGACGGGAGCGUUUUUCUCCAAUAGCUGCCUCGAUGUUCGUGAAGUUUGAGUGUUUUGUUGGGUACUGAUGUUCACGUGAAAAUGAAUCUUGGAGAAAAUACCCUGAAUAAUUAGACGCUAUCACUAUUAAAUACGAAAUUUCGAACAAGAAAUUAGAGCAUUGUAGCCCUUAUUUUAUUGCCUUACAAGCUGUCAAUGAUCUUGAAACUAAAAGGUCAUAUAAAAGGACGGUUCAUCACGAGAAUCUCGAAAUCUUAAAAUGAUCUAUGGAACGAUUUCAAAAUUGUUUGCUCAUUUGUUAAAGUAAACCAAACUAUUUUACAAAAACCGCUAUCAAGAGCACCUCAAUGCAGGCUAAUCAAAUCCCGCUUUCUUGAGAUAGGCUAAAGCUAUCCCAGUGAUCUUUUCCAGCAGGUUUUAUUAUUAGGUAAAAUUGCAUUUCAAGAGUGCUUCGUUUUCAUAAGAGAACGGCCGAACAUCAAGAUUGUCCAGAAUUUGCUGAAUUUCUGAUCAUAAAUUUAUUUCAAAAAUAUCUCGAUAACCCUGUGAUAGAUUUCGCUCAAACUUCAAGAAAAUCGAGGCAGCUAUUGGAAGAAAGAGCACCCGUGAAAGAUUUUAGAAAACCCCUCCAAGUGUCGAGAAAUACGGCUGCAAGUAAAAUAGGUAAUGACGUCAUUUCGUUGCUAUGAGGCUCGAUGUCAUCGCAACACUGAUCAUAAAAAAUUUCCAUCUUUGUCUUAUAAAGCUGUAGUGGCCAUUGGUUAAAUUUUUGUUUAUGCACAAAAUUGGGAGGUGAAGGCCCUGAAAAACCUCCUCGAGCCACCUAAAACUAUUAUUCACACUCGAACUGAAGAUGACAACAAAGAUCAAAGUUAAACACUUCCAAAGUUUUCAUUAGAAUAGACAAUGACAAUCAUCAUCACCACCACCACCGUCACCAUCAUCAUCAUUAAAAUAAUCCUUUUAAUAACCCUCAACAUCAUCAUCGUCGUUGUCAUCGUCGUUGUCAUCGUCGCUAUCAUCAUCAUCAUCAUCAUCAGUCCUUUUCGUGUCCAAAGACACAUACGUGGCGAAAUAAUCAAAAGACCAUUCUCUGGAUUUUAAGUAUCGAUAUACUGUCAUAAAAGUUGUUAAAACGGAGCUCUUCUUGCUGGCGACGACCUUAUGUAAAGACAGAUUCCUCAACUUUGUGCUUUCUUGCAGACUCUCCUUCUCAGCAAGGAUUCGUUGCUUAAGUUUUCAUCCGGUCGAGUUAUUGAUCUCGUAUCAAACGAUGUUCAGCGAAUUGAGGGCGAUACUUUCCAGUUGUUUUUUGAGGGAGCUCGAUCUCUUAUGGAGCUCGUAAUCGUAACAUGUUUACUUGUCAACCUAAUCGGAUGGCAGACUGUGAUGGGAAUCCUUUUACUGUGCAUGCUGAUGCCAUAUUUUGCUGGAUUUUCCUAUGCUGGAGCUAUACUGCGCCUGCGUACAGCAGCGCUUUCUGAUCACCGGAUCACAUUGAUCAAAGAGGUUGUUACUGGGAUUCGCGCCAUCAAAACAAACGCAUGGGAAGACGAAUACAGAAAAAAAAUAAAAAACGUCCGAAGGUAA